AAUUCGCGAGUUAGAAAAUAGAUAAAGAAAAAGCAUUUCUUUAUGACCGCAGUUAGACAUCGUUUUGGCAGAAUUGCAAAUCUAUUGUAAGCUAGUACUGUUUACUACAGGAGAGAAUCCACUCAGCCCACUUACCGGGCUAAAUUCGAUGGAGACAAGCGACGAACUACAAUUCARUGUCCGGAAGUUUUGAACAACUGACAUCUAUAUGGCUCGACCAUUGACGAAAUAACACUCACUAAUGGUAAUAUCACCUUGGUUAUUCAACGGGAAAGAAUCARUUCUYGAACGGCUGCAWGAAUGGCUAACAACACAAGUUUUCACGAGGGUUUUUCAUGUCAGCCUUUGUCUCCAACAAGUGCUGUAAUUAUUGGGAAAAUCUGGGCUUAUUCUAUUCUCAUUCCCGCCUCGUUAUUUGGCAAUAUUUUAACAAUCGURGUCAUCUAUGCCAACAAAAACUUAAGGCGACCGUUGGAUUUCUUUAUAAUGAAUAUGGCAAUUUCAAACUUGUUUAUUCCUUGUGUGGUMCUUCCUUAUCAAAUAGUGAAGACAGCAAAUAACGCAAACUACUGGCUUGUUGACGGCCUUGUUGGGGAAUUCAUGUGCAAGUUUGUAUUCAUUCUAGCAGAUAUGUGUCCAGUGGUUUCUAUCUAUAGUCUUAUUGGCAUGACAGGAGAGAGAUUCGUAGCCGUUAUCUAUGGAACAAAGGCYCCGAGGAAUUCGAUAACUCGYCGAAUAGUGUUAAUAUGGAUUUUGUCAUUUAUUCUCUUUACCCCGUACUUCUACACGUUUCGUCUUCAUCGCUUAAACAACAACUGGUAUUGUUUGCAACGAUGGAGUCCUCUUCUCGAUCACGUGGCAGCUUAUAGAAUACACAUGACAAUUCUAGUAGUUGUUUGUAUAAUACUUCCAUUUUGCCUAUUGACCGCCAUGUAUGCAGUCAUCUUGAUAACCUUGACCAAAUGUCUACCGUACUUUAAGCCGGAGUCAAAAAAUGGAAGAGAGCGUCGGUACAAAGCAAUACGCAGUACAAUUACACAAGCUUUGGCCCUAGUAGCUGUGUUUGGYYUGUGCUGGGGACCUUACAAUGUCAUGGUAUUAGUCUGGGGGUUYGUAUGGAAUUGGUCAAAUUUUCCCUCUUGUGAUGUACGCUUGUUGUUUAUUUGUGCUCAAUUYAUGACGUACUCAGACAGCUGCGUUUCACCUUCUGUUUACUUCAUUUUCUUUCCAAGAUAUAAGCGUGCCAUGAAACGAGUUUUUAACUGCAGAUCUGUCAAGUGAGAUGCUGAAUGUGAAUAACAACCUUUUGCCAUAGUAUUGWAACUCAAACUAAAAUUUAGAUUGGAUUAUACGGUGAAGAAGCGAAAUAUUUCCUUAUCCCCGGAUAAUGGAAAAACUAAUUGUAAAAGAGUUCGUUUAUUGCCUCUGAAGACCAUAAUAGUUCUUCAAAGAAGUGAGUAGCAAUUUAAAAUGAAUUUCUCAUUUAAAGAUGAGAGGAGGUCGCUUAAAAAAACUAAACAUGCAAAUCACUGGGUCAUCGGAAACUGCUAUCAAAUCACAUGAGAAAACCUACAGGCAAAAACCAACAGAAUGCAACAUGCGUUCAUGUAAUGAAAGAUAUAUAUUAUUAACAGUGAAUUUAUUGAUUGCAAUCUAUAGUUCACAAAUAAUGUAUAUUGCAGACAUAAAGAUAGAAUAAAUAAACAUUUGUGAUUUUGAGAUGGUGCGUCAUUUGGAUAGGUUAUCUCAUCAUCGAAUUUUAACCGAAAAACAACCAAACGUAUCAACUAAUCUAAAGAGUGCGACACACAAAGGAGGCAGACUUGCUGAGCUAGCCGACGAUGACAAAUUAUUAAAAUUUUAGUACACCUUGAGGCAAAAGAUUUUAUUAAAUACUCAUAAGUGGCUUGUCAAAAAAAAAGAGAGAGAAAAAAACCGAGCUCGAAUUACAAAGUUUGAGCUGAUAAAAUCUUGACAGACUUUAGGAUUUACAUCAUGGUUGUCAGUUGUAGACAAAAUAGAUACUAGAUAAAACACACCAUUCUGUGUUCGAAAACGUUUAUAGGCUUUUAAAAAUAGUUCUUCAAUAAAAUAUACUAUAGAGAUAUUAAA